GGAUGCGCACGCAGGCGCCGGCGGGCGGACGCGCAGGCGUACCGCGCGGGCCGGCCUGGUUGCUAUGGGAGCGCAGCUGCGGCCCGGGUCCUGGGCAGAGGCAGCCCGGGCUGCUCCUCUGCUGCCCUCCUUAGAGGCCUGGGGUGGGGGUGGGGGCGGCUGGACCGAGACCCCUCCGAAGAUAGCGGAGGCCGACAUCGCAGCGGCCCCGCCUGGUCGUUUCCGCGGUGCUCUGUGACCCUGCGCGGCCUCGGUCUUCGGCAGGCACCCGGGGCGGAGGCUCCCUGACACCUGGCCUUGGAGGGACUGCGCGGCCAGUGCCUGCUCCAGGCCUCCCUGCAGCGCAUCUCAGCCUUCGUGUCCGGAAUCGGGUUCGAGCCCCGCCUUGUCCUCUUCUGCAUGCGUUACUGAACAGGACCAGUUGCCACGAGACUAAAGACUGUAGCUCUGGCUCCGGAGCUCUUCCCUGCUCUUCUGGACAGCCAGUGUGUGCAGAAUGCCCCACAAGAUUGGAUUUGUAGUGGUCAGCUCCUCUGGACAUGAAGAUGGCUUCAGUGCCCGAGAACUAAUGAUCCACGCACCAACUGUCAGUGGGUGGAGAUCACCAAAAUUCUGCCAGUUUCCACAAGAAAUCGUUCUCCAGAUGGUGGAGAGGUGUCGAGUAAGAAAGCUGCAGUUACUUGCUCACCAGUACAUGAUCUCUAGCAAAGUCGAGUUCUACAUCAGCGAAAGCCUGCCUGAGUACUUGGUGCCAUACCAAGCAGAGAGGUUCCGCAGACUGGGCUACGUCUCCCUCUGUGAUAAUGAGAAGACAGGCUGCAAAGCCCGGGAACUCAAGUCUGUUUAUGUGGAUGCUGUGGGGCAGUUUCUUAAACUGAUUUUUCACCAAAACCAUGCCAACAAAUACAACAUAUAUAAUCAGGUGGCUUUGGUUGCAAUAAAUAUCAUUGGAGACCCUGCAGAUCUGGGUGAUGAGAGCAAUAUUACCUCUAGGGAGAAGCUGAUCGACCACUACCUGGGCCACAGUCCCCACAAUCCUGAGGACCCAGCACUAGAUGGAACUUUCUCUGGGCGAUCUGACUACAUCUCUCCACUUGAUGACUUGGCGUUUGACAUGUACCAAGACCCUGAAGUUGCCCAGAUCAUCCGCAGGCUGGAUGAAAGGAAACGGGAAGCUGUCAAGAAGGAGCGCUAUGACCAUGCAAAGAAACUGAAGCAAGCAAUCGCUGACUUGCAGAAGGUCGGUGAGCGCCUAGGACGUUAUGAAGUGGAGAAGCGCUGUGCGGUGGAGAAGGAAGACUACGAUCUGGCUAAGGAGAAGAAACAGCAGAUGGCUCGCUACCGUGCCCAGGUGUACGAACAGCUGGAACUACAUGGCCUUCUGCAGGGCGAGCCAGAGAUGCAGAGGCCAUUCGCCUUGCCCCUCCAGCCCCUUGCAUCUCCCAGCAGUCCCCAGCACUGGAAGGCUGUGUCCUCACUCCCUCGCACAGAAAAGCUGGUAGCUGAAGACUCGUUUGCUGGCCCCGUCCUCCAGGAGAAGCCCUCAGCAUCUUCUCCUCAGCAUUCAGCAGUGGACCCGUCCCCACCUGCUGCAGGCCACGCCCCAAGGAGCCAUACGGAAGUCAUGCCCUAUGAUGAGCGGCCUCUUCCUGUUACUCGGAAGCAGUUGGGGGAAGCAUCUGCAGAGGCAGAAGUGAAAGAGGCAGACAGUGAUGGCCGGAGGAGGGGUGUCGCAGGGGAGCCAGAGCCCUUGACAGAGAAGGCCUUGAGAGAAGCCAGUGCUGCCAUCGACACCUUAGGCGAAGCCUUGGUGGCUGGGGCCUAUUCUAAGAUGUGGUCCUGCCGAGAAGAUGCACUACUAGCGUUGUACAAGAAGCUGAUGGAGAUGCCUGUUGGAACGCAGAAGGAAGAUUUGAAAAACAUGCUCCGAGCAUCUGUCUUUCUCAUCCGAAGAGCCAUAAAGGACAUUGUGGUCUCAGUCUUUCAGGCUUCGUUGAAAUUGCUGAAAAUGAUAAUUACGCAGUAUAUUCCCAAGCACAAGCUGGGCAAACUUGACACAACGCACUGUGUGGAGAGAGCUAUCCCCCUUCUACUCGCCAGAACUGGAGACUCCUCUGCCCGCCUCCGUGUCAUGGCCUUGAAUUUCAUCCAGGAAAUGGCCUUGUUUAAGGAGGUGAAGUCUCUCCAGCUCAUUCCAUCCUACUUGGUGCAGCCGCUGAAGGCCAAUGCUUCUGUUCAUCUGGCCAUGAGCCAGGUGGACCUCCUGGCCCGGCUGCUGAGAGACCUGGGCACCGAGAGCUCAGGCUUCACGGUGGACAAUGUGAUGAAGUUUGCAGUGAGUGCCCUGGAGCACAGGGUAUAUGAGGUGCGAGAGACAGCAGUCAGAAUCAUCCUGGACAUGUACAGACAGCACCCAGCCCUCACCCUGGAGCACCUCCCUCCAGACGACAGCACCACACGCAGGAACCUUCUCUACAAAGCCAUUUUUGAGGGGUUUGCUAAGAUAGAUGGCAGGCCAACGGAGGCUGAGGUGAGGGCCCAGAAAAGAGUAGCCACAAAAGAAGCAGAAAAGCAAAAGAAAGAAGAGAUGAAGGCUCUGCAGGGCCAGUCAGCAGAACUGAGAGAGACCCAGGCUGGAGUCCAGGAGAAGGAGAGUGAGGCUGUGACGCUCAGGAAUCAAGACCCUCAAGGAAGGAAAGCUGUCCUACCCAACACUCCAGAAAUCCCAGCUAACCACUGCUUGGAUAAUCUGUGUAUCUUUUGUGGGGAGCGGAAUGAGUCCUUCACAGAAGAGGGCCUGGACCUCCACUACUGGAAACACUGCCUCAUGCUGACCAGAUGCGACCACUGCAGGCAGGUGGUUGAGAUAUCCAGCCUGACAGAACACCUGCUGACAGAAUGUGACAAAAGGGAUGGAUUCGGGAAGUGCCCCCGCUGCAGCGAGGCCAUCCCCAAGGAAGAACUUCCUGGGCACAUCAAAACUAAGGAGUGCAGCCCUGCCAAGCCAGAGAAGGUGGCGAACCACUGUCCCCUGUGUCAUGAGAAUUUUGCUCCUGGAGAAGAGGCGUGGAAGGUUCAUCUGAUGGGCCCUGCUGGCUGCACAAUGAACCUGCGCAAGACCCAUGUUCUCUACAAGGCUACAGCCCCACAGCAAGGGAAAGGCCCAGCAGCAGCAAAGCCAAGCACCUCAGCACCCAAGGUUGGAAGCAAGAUCCCCACCCCAAAGGGAGGCCUUAGUAAGAGCUCCAGCAGGACGUACAUGCGACGGUGACAGAGUUUCCAGUUCUGUCUCUGACAGGCUGUGCAAGGUUCCUGCCCUAAGCCAUGUGUGUUGGCAUGGUGAUGCAGGGCUCCGUGCCCACUGUCCCUUGGCCUCUGGUGUCCCAGUGUCUACUCUCACAGGAACAGUACAUGUUAUGACCAAAGAGCCCUUUCCAGUGUGGCCCCAGUUCUGGGCCUGUGUCAGUGCUCAGGACACCACAAGCACAGCACCCUCUUCCCCACUGCUGAGAAGAUACAGCCCAAACUUGGAGUGCACUGGUGUCUUGCACAUAUCAGGCUUUGCACAGAGCUCAGCUUUGGUGGCCAUAGAAGACCCACGAGCCUGCUGUGCCGUCUCUCACGGUCCUGUCUGCCAGGUUGUCACACCAUAUAUAGCAUCAAGCAAUAAAGGAAAUCAAGCAAAAGACAGCUAUUCUAAGAGCAGGUCCCUCCCACACACACUGCCCGGUGCUCCCUGUGUGCACCUGUCCCUGUGGUCCCACUGACAGCCCUGCCUCGAUGCCUUCGCUCGGGUGCAGACCCUGCUGCAGAGUCCUGAAUGAAUGGAUUCUGGAUGAUGUUCCCUGGUUAUCCUAUGCACACCUGACCACAGCCCACCUGCAAGCCUCAGUUUUCUUUAUGACAAAAUGAACACCUUCCACAUCUGCCUAGCCCACAAAGACAAGUCGCACACACCUUGCUGGCCCAGAGCCUCUGAAUCAGUUCUGUCACGUCCUGUGACGUAACUGAACCCACGUUCCCAAGUCCUUCAUAGUGCCCACUCACAAGGGCUUCACUGAACAGUGACACAGACCUCAGGACACAGCUGUCAGCAGCUCACCCACCUGGAAACACCCAUGUCCUCUUGUCCCUCCUGUCACUGAAGGAUGGGCCCACUUAGGGCCUGCACUGUUCCUACUUCCUGAGGUUUUCCUGCUGUCCCUUUGAAAUGUGUAGGGUUGAGAAAAUAAGUAUUAUAAAAUUAGGGCAUAUUUCUUUAAAAUUCCCAACCAUGUGAAACAAAAUCCAUAAAAGUGUCCAUGUGCCCGAGCAGCAAGCACCCUGAGUAUUAACCCCAGGGACUCAGCCCUGCUUUUGGUAAAAAAAAAGUUCCUACUCUGCUUGACUCAGAGUCAAGUGGAACAGGAUCUGUAGAGAGGAGGAGCCUGUCAGAGAGUGGGCAUGACUAAGAGAGCAAAGCAUGGGCCGGGCGCCAAGGGAUAAUAAGGUGGUCCUUCAGGCCAGAGAUGCUGGCAUUGUCUCCUGCCUGCCUUAAAGUACAGACAAUAAUGCAAAGCUAACCUCAGAACUAGAACAGAGGGUGAUGCCUGUAAAGGCUUCUGUGUGUUGUAACCUUGAGAUACUGUAAAGCCCUUCAUUUUUAGCCUGACCUGGUGGCUCACACCUGUAUUCCUAGCACUUGGGAGGCUGCAGUUAGAAGCUCACCAGAGGUUCAAAGGAAGCCUGGGCCUCAGAGUGAGACUCUGGCUCAAAAUUAAAACAGGACAAAAAAGAAUCCUUCAUUUUUAGCUCUCGUGUUUUGCCUAUUACAGAAUCAUGAGUUUCUGCAGAGGUGACUGGCAGUAUUGGCAGCCACCAAGCUCCACCUCACUGUGCUUGAUUCAGGCAAGGAGCUGCGCACCCCCAGCCAUUCACAAUAUCUAAGUGGAACACUCCUCAGAGCUUCACGUAUGCUACAUUGUGGAUAUUUAAUAUUUAUUUAUAUUAUUUUCAUAAAAGAUUCUAUUUAAUUUAAAAGAAUUGUGUCAUAUCUAAUACUAGAAUACAGAUGUAAAUACCUUUAAUGAAAAUUUGCAACUUUUUAAUGUUUUAACAUAGUUUUCUAUUUGUCUUUAUUUCAGGUAUAGAAUAAUAUAUUUUUAUUGUUGCUGUUUGAGGGUUUAUGUGCUAAUUUGCCUUGAGUACACUAAUAGUAAAGAUCGUUCAGUGUUGUGUCA